UGACACUCCUGCAAAAUGUCAGGUGGGGAGAAUGCUUUGCUGCUGUCCCUUGUUCUCACAGCCUGCUUCACGGCUCUUACAGCUGAUGGACAAUGUGUAACACAACCAGAAGUGGAUACCAAAUAUGGGAAACUCCGUGGGAAGCAAAUCCAAGUAGAAGCAGCAGGAGCUGGGAAAUGUGUCAAUGUUUUCCUGGGAAUUCCUUUUGCAAAGCCACCCAUUGGCCCCUUGAGGUUUAGCCCACCGCAGCGACCUAAGCCAUGGCAGGGUGUCCGAGACGCAACUUCCUACCCUCCUAUGUGUCUGCAAGACAAGGAGACUGGACAGCUUCUAUCAGACACGCUUACUAACAGAAAAGAGAAAGUCUCUUUACAAAUGUCUGAAGACUGCUUGUACUUGAAUGUGUAUGUACCUGCUGAUUCAAAGAAACAGAAGAAGCUACCAGUUUUAGUUUGGCUUCCUGGAGGAGGGUUAGUGUUGGGUGCAGCUUCAACAUAUGAUGGCUCAGCAUUAGCAGCCUUUGAAAAUGUGAUGUUUGUAACACCUCAGUACCGACUAGGCGUCCCUGGAUUUUUUACUACUGGUGAUGAACAUGCCUGUGGUAACUGGGGUUACUUGGAUCAAGUGGCAGCUCUGAUUUGGAUUCAGGAAAAUAUCGCAUUUUUUGGAGGAGAUCCAGGGUCCGUCACCAUAUCUGGAGAGUCUGCAGGAGGAAUGAGUGCUUCUGCCCUUGUCCUGUCUCCACUGGCAAAGGGCUUGUUUCAUAAGGCCAUCUCGGAAAGCGGAGUUGCAUACAGUCCUUUGUUUACUGACCAUCCGAGGGAACAAACUAAAAGAAUUGCUCGUGUAUCUGGCUGUGAAUCGCCCAGUUCUGCUAAAAUAGUACAGUGCCUAAGGGGAAAAUCAGAAAAGGAAAUAGUAAAGAUUACUCUUGACUUGGACUUCACAACACUAUAUUUGAGCAAUGCAUCAUCUCCAGAAUCUAAAGAGCAUCCUGUAUUCAUAUACACAGUUGUGGAUGGUGUUUUUUUUCCUAAAAGCCCUAAGAAGCUACUGGCUAACAAAAUAAUGAACUCCAUCCCACAUAUAAUAGGAGUAACUAAUGAUGAACUUGGAUUCCUGCUUCCUACUCUCCUGAAAUUUCCUCCUUAUGUAAAUGGGUUGGACAAAGAAACAGCAAUUCAAGUUAUAAAGGGCUUACAGUCAGUCACGAAACUGCCUCACAAACUAGUUAAUCAAGUGUUUAAUGAAUAUGUACAGAAUCCAAAAGACCAAAUUCAGGUACGAGAUGGGAUGCUAGACUUGUUAGAAGAUGCAGUUUUUCUUGUUCCAUCCAUUGUAACAGCCAGGUAUCACCGAGAUGCUGGCAAUCCAGUCUACUUUUAUGAAUUUUGCCAUAGACCAAGUGAAGAAGCACUUAUUAAACCACCCUUUGUACAAGCGGAUCAUGGAAGUGAACUUGGCUAUGUCCUAGGAAAGCCCUUCUUAGCUGGUGGAGCUACAGAAGACGAGACUAAACUUAGUAGAACAAUGAUGAAAUACUGGGCUAACUUUGCUCGCUGUGGGACUCCUAAUGGACGUGGCUUGGUGAAGUGGCCAGCCUACGGUAAGAACGAGCAGUACCUGGUGAUAGAUCUAAAGCAGAAGGUGGCAAAGAGACUGAAGGAGGAUAAAGUGGCGUUCUGGACAAAUCUGCUGCCUGUCGAGAUGCCUCACAGCCAGAGUGAGCACGUGGCGUUGGGAGGCUAAGUGCCUCGUCCCAGGAGAAAUAAAGCAAGCCAGGACCCGUGCCUGGCAUCAAGCAUGGGUGAGCGGGGAAGGUGGAUGAGGCUGAAGCUGAUUCCUUAUUCCCGGUUCCUUUCUCAAAGUUAAUCUUUAAACAAUUAAAGGUGGUUGGUCAUGCAUUA